AUGAAUGCUGACAUGGGACCUGGGAGAUAUUCAGGUAGUCAGGAUAUUUGGGAAGGGCACAGCAGCUGGGUCAAGCACUUUUUGAAACAAGUGCUUCGAGGUAAGAAGCAGGAUUUGAUACAAGCAAUGUGUGCAAAUAAAACGAAGCAAGAGAUUAUGGAUAACCUGGAAAGAUGGGUCAGUUCACAGGGAUCAAAUGUUCAGACGCGAUUCAGCACCCUGAAAAAGAGAAUACAACAAAUGAAGAGCGCAAUACAGCAAAAAGUGGAGCAAUCUUCAAUGCUCUCCGAGGACGCGAAAAACGUCCUACAUCAAAUACGCGCUGUCACGGAAGAUAUGACAGUUACACCAGAGGAAGAACUGGCGCAGUUGCAAGCCAUAACAUCGGAAGUGAAUCCAGAAGUGUUUCGCCAAAUUAAAGAUUUCAUGGAUCUUUUGAGGAAGGCUCUGCGGGGAAAACAACUAACAAGUACAUUCAUCACUAUGACGGCAUCUACCGAUGAUAUGGCAAUAGAGUUUUCAACAACUGAAAUGCCCGAAACGUCGUCAGUGGAAUCUGGAGUAGCAGAAAGUACCACAGGUGGUGAGGGGGAAGAAGGAGAUGGUGGUCCUGAUCCUUUGCUUGCUCAAUAUGCUACCGAC